UGGACCUUUAUCGUUUCACUUUUUUGUGUGAUGCAUGUGGGCAUGUAUAUGUGUGCGUGUGUAAACGACUUACUCAUUCACGAAGACAUGUAGUCAACCAGGGAAGCAGUAGUAGUGUCAGCAAGAGUUUGUGCGUGUGUCUGCCAGGGGGAGGCACUGUUAGCAUCGGCUCUAUUCGAGCGCACGAACAGCUAACCUGCCUAAACGUCCCAGGCUACCCACACACACCACAUACCACACCUACUCGGCCACUCGCCCACGCGACAGACAUCAAAAAGACAUCAUUGUCAUCCGAUCCAUCUAUCCAUCCACCCAUGGUACGAACGUGUAUAGGUCAGUCGAACGAGGGACAGAUGGCAGCGCUAUCUCAUCGACGUCGAUGUGACGAAGAGGUCAUUCCUUGUCCUCCUUCUUGUCCUUUUCCUUUUCCUCUCCGCUCUCCUUUUCUUUGCCCGCCUCUUCGGCGCAAGUGCAGUGGCGGCCCUUCUUCUCCAGGAACUCCCCCUCAGACUCCACAUCUAAGAUGUCUCCGAUUGGGAUUUUUCCGAACAAAUUGAGGUCACCCACCUUGGCUGCGCACACACACACACACGCGCACGCACACAGUCACGUGUUGUAUCUGCUUGUCUGUGUGUCUGUCUGUCUGUCUGUCUGUGCCUGUGUGCCCGCGGGAUGGCGCGUACCAUCCACGAAGAAUGAGAUCGCUGGCACGGCGAUGAUUGCUGGUCCCUCUUCCUCGCCCUCAUCAAGAGUGAUUUCGACGUCCUCACCAAAAACGAUUUCGACGUCCUCGAAUGUCACAUCGUACUGGAUGAACUUGAAGGUCAGCGAGGGCUGAAUCAACACAACGCAAACCACGUACACACACCUUCAAGUGUGCUGCGCAGGAUGUAGCUCGUUCGCCGCCCACCAGUCCGUCUUUGGGCAGUGGGCAUCGGAGGGUGACCUCCUCGACAAUUUCACACGCUGUAAUCGGCACCUUUAUGGGGCCCACAAAGUAGGGAAACUGAAUACACACACACACGCACGCACGAGAUCAACAAUGUAUCGCCAUCUGUCAAUUACUGAUACGGAUCACUGACGGUGAUUCUGAGGGGUCCGGCAGUCUCGAGGCUGAUGUCCUGGACCUCCGCCGCGCCGAUCAGCUCCAUGAAACCGUCGGUGUUGUUCAGCUGGACAGGCCUAUCGAAGGUGACAUCGAUAAACUUGGUGAGACCGGCCUUCACCAGUUCGUUGUCAGCCGGUGAGGACGAAACCUUCUGGGGACGAACAAACGGGUCCACAGCAGCCGCUGGGUCAACUGGCGGCUCAGGCUCCUUUGGCUGAGCUGGCGGCUCAGGCUCCUUUGGCUGAGCUGGUGGCUCAGGACCCUUUGGCUGAGCUGGUGGCUCAGGACCCUGAGAUGGUGGCUCAGGACCCUUUGGCUGAGAUGGUGGCUCAGGACCCUUUGGCUGAGCUGGUGGCUCAGGACCCUUUGGCUGAGCUGGUGGCUCAGGACCCUGAGAUGGUGGCUCAGGACCCUUUGGCUGAGAUGGUGGCUCAGGACCCUUUGGCUGAGAUGGUGGCUCAGGACCGUCCUGGCAGCGGACUGUGCCGAGCAGGAGCAGCAGGAGAGCCGCAAAGAAGCCGAGCCGUCUCAGCAUCAUGGGCGGUGAUCUGAGGGGUCUGUGACUGCUUUGGUCACAGAUGCGGGGUGGGCAUGCUCAAGUCCUCA